UCCACAAUUUUGUUCUACUGAUCCAUUUUCCUCUCAAAGCUCGAUCAUUGAUUCCUCUCAAUUCAAUCUUCGAAAAUCCCCAAUUUGCUUUCAAUAAUCACCGAAUUACCCCUUAAACUCUCCAUCUCUACAGAAUCUCCUGCUUUUCCUCUCUCGAUCGAUGUAAUUUUCACCCAAAAUCGUUGACAAAUCAAUCCCCCAAAAGAUUAUUUUUUUCAAUUUUAGGGUUUAAAAUCUUUAACUGCAAUCAGUAUAGUUGAGUAAGAAUCUUGGAAAAUGAAGAUCGCGUAUGGUUUUUGUACAGUUUAAUGUUCAUUGUAGACCCCCAAGUUUUCGUUUUGAUCAAUUUUAGGGUUUAAAUCUGUAGCUGCAAUCGGUUUGUUUGAUUGGGUUUUGGAAAUGAAGAUCGUGUAUGUUUUUUUUACAGUUCAAUGUUCAUUGUAGAACCCCCCCCCCCCCCCCACACACACACAAGUUUUCGUUUUGAUCAGUUUAGGGUUCAAUCUUUAGCUGCAAUCGGUUUGGUUGAUUAGGAUUUUGGAAAUGAAGAUUUUUUUCGUCUAACAUCAGUUCAGUAUUCAUUGUAGAACCCCCAAGUUCUUGUUUUGAUCAAUUUAGGCUGCAAUCAGUUUGGUUGAUUAGUAUUUUGGAAAUGAAGAUUUUUCGUCUAGCAUGUGAUAGAUUUUUGUGAUUUUUGUAAACUUCUGUAUUCAUUUUAGAAGCCCCAAGUUUUUGUUUUGAUCAAUUUAGGGUUCAGUUUUUAGCUUUGAUCAGUUCAGUGGAUUAGGAAUUAGUGGAAAUGAAGAUAGUGGAAUUGGAUGACUCGUUAAUGGAUGGUGAUGGUAAGUGUGUGAACACUGAGAGACGGGUGAUUGUAGGAGUGGAUGCUAAGAGAGCGUUGGUUGGAGCCGGGGCUCGGAUCCUCUUCUAUCCGACCCUUUUGUACAAUGUUUUUCGCAACAAAAUUCAGUCAGAGUUCAGAUGGUGGGAUCAAAUUGAUCAGUUUCUCCUCCUUGGAGCAGUUCCAUUUCCUUCGGAUGUCCCUCGGUUGAAGCAGCUUGGCGUUGGUGGUGUAAUAACGCUGAAUGAACCUUAUGAAACUUUGGUACCAUCAUCAUUGUACCAUGCGCAUGGGAUAGACCAUCUCGUUAUUCCAACCAGAGAUUAUCUCUUUGCACCCUCUUUCGUGGAUAUAAACCGAGCAGUAGAUUUUAUUCACAGGAAUGCAUCCAGUGGCCUGACUACUUAUGUGCAUUGCAAAGCUGGAAGGGGAAGGAGCACAACGGUGGUGCUUUGCUAUUUGGUCGAAUAUAAGCACAUGACUCCUGCUGCAGCGCUGGAAUUUGUCCGCUCCAGAAGACCUAGAGUUUUAUUGGCUCCUUCUCAAUGGAAGGCUGUUCAAGAAUUCAAGCAGCAGCGAGUGGCAUCUUCUCCACUCUCUAGUGAUGCUGUGUUGAUCACUAAAGCAGAUCUUGAAGGUUAUCAUUCUUCUUCUGACAAUAGUCGUGGUAAGGAGCUAGCCCUUGUGCACCGGAUCGCAAGAACACAGCCAAUGAUAGCUCGAUUAUCCUGCCUCUUUGCGUCACUGAAAGUAUCAGGUGGCCAUGGAUCCGUUACCAGGCAACUGACCGAGGCACGUGCCUGCUAACUGCUGCACACUCAUUAGAAGAGCUUCCUUGUAAAGAGGACUGCUUAAAUAAGUUCACAGGAGCUUUAUAUCUUUGAAUCUGUGCUCAAGUUUAACAUCAAGGGAUUAUGAAAUAUGAAUAGAUAAAAAAACAGUUGAAGAGUCCAACAUUGUAUAAACAUGUGCAGUGUGUAUGAUUUUUGGUUUCAUUUGUAAAUAUUUGGGUCAUGAUUAUUUCUUCCGCUUCAA